AGGGAUGCGUCUCUACUAAAAGAAAAAAAACCCGAAACACACACACACACACACUUCAAAAUUGAUAAUUUGUUUUGUUCCAAGUCUAAACCUUCUAUUGUCUCUCGCACAGAAACCAGCAGCCGUACUUGCAGUGACCAUGUCCGUCACUGUGAACACCGUUUCCGGUGGCCCGAUCACGCUCGACGCGAGCGCGGAGAACAUCUAUGGCUUCCACCCUGGUCAGAUUGUGCACUUCACGAAGAGUCUUCGCAACGGCAAGGUAGCUCUUAUUCGCGGCACCCACGAGGGUCUGAUUUGGUUUUCCGUUUUCUCCAACGUCGCCGCCGCUGCCACCAAGGAGGCUCUCGACGCCCCGGCCGACACGGUGAGUUGCCGCGGCAAGGAGGAGCUAAUCCGUCAGUAUGGGUGGAUGGUCGAUGACACAACUAACCCCUUUGCACAGGCACAGGCUGAGUGA